AUGUUGACUAUAUGGCAUUGCCCCGCCUUAUUGAAGGCGCAGCUCACCCACGGUGAACUAAAAUUGCGACAAGCGACAAUUCAAGCCAUUGAAAGCAGGGUAAUUUACCUGGAUGAGGACCAAUUCGAGGGCGGGGCUUGCACGUUCAAGUUCGGAUUCGAUUUAAUGAGAAGCGGCAAGCCGGAACGGCGCCAUGACGCGGGAAAAGCUGUUGAUUCAGUGACGGAAGAAGUCUUUAUAAAGAAUGAAUCCCUUAGCGCCCGUUCAAGCUCCCCCGCCUUCGUGUUUCCCCCUUCGAAUACCUCUUGCAUUAUGAUCAAGGCAUCGACAAUCGAUGCCUUGGCUAGUUUUGUGCUUGCGAGCGGUACUAUUAGGCCCUCACUAGACCGGCAACUGCCUUGUGCUCGGCCCGUUAGGAAAAAAUCGGGAGUCUCGAUCAAAAGUCUCUUCCCCCGCACUUCGAGAUACUCGAACCAAUUACGGGUCUAUUCAAUGGCCGCCUACCAAUACACCACUUCACAGAACAUUUUUGGGAGUAACACAAUUCAUCGCCCCAGCCUGCAGCACGCGACCCCAACUCGACCAUCAGCAUCGGGUAAUGCUGCCAUUCCAAGCGGCUCAACUCUCGCCCAGCCCACUUUCAAGCCUCCGGCACACAAGCAUGCUCACCAUCUCCACUCGAUCCCUCCACGCGAGAAGAGCACACGCACGUUGAUAAUCGACCAUAUGUUGUGGGUCCAUGGUACGCUGCAUCUAUAUUUAACAUUCGGACGCUCAAUCUCAAUCGCAGGGAGAACGCGUUUUGCCCAGGCUAGAGCUGAGCUUGGCAUGACUGAUCGUGCGGGUGGCCCAUCGUCGCCUAAUUAUGCACACCGUCGGAGACCAGAGAAUUAUGAGGAAGAGGACGAGCUCGGAAGUGAAGGGGAAGAUACGGGUGCCCUUAAAGCGAGAUCGGGCGCUCGCAAUGACGAAGAAGGCGAAAGGCUACGACGCCAGGAUCUAACACUCGCGCGGAGCCUCAGAUUACGCGCAGAAGGGCUCGAGAAAGUCGUCACGUCCAUGCUCGAACAACCCCCUCCGAUCCAUCCGAUCGACGACGACGACAUCAUUACACCACCAAGUUCACCCAAGCCCAAACCCUCCAAGCAUCCGCAUACUUUACCGAAUGGCGUCCGCUUGCGCUUAGCCCUCGGCACGAUCAUCAAUGAUCUAUUUGCGCGCCAAGCUCCCCACCCUGCAUACCGGCACACUCAUCCUUCCCCACCCAAAACGGAGCAUACCCCGCCAACACCGAUACCCGCGUCGUUCUCUGAUUUACCAGAAGCACUCAUACCACUUGCCACAGUAUCUGGGGCGUUCUCCCCACUACCAAAACAGCCACAACCCAUCGCACCAUACCGCUAUACGCCCCCCCGGACAUACCCACAGUCCUCUUCCUCUUCCCCAUCUUCAUCCCACGAUAUACUUCCAAUCCCCAGUACACGCACUCGCUCCCUCUACACCGCAGGUAUUGACCACCACACAGUCAACUCUCUUCCUACGUUUCGUUGCCCACGACACCUCCACACAGGCUGCGAGAUUUGCGUAGAGGCCAAAUCACCCACGCGCCACCGAUCAAGCGGCAGCGACCCCUCGCGUGGGCAAUUGUCCUCUUCCUUCUCAUCUUCUCUCACAGCCUCAUCCUCAUUCCGCACGGGUUCUUCCUCGUCUUUCCCCACAGCAGCUAGCACAAGCUGGCAAACCACAUCGGGGACCAACUGGAAAUUUACUUCAGGGGGUGAGAUUACGGGGUGGAAGGAUGACGGGAGUGGGAUUGGUUCAGGCUUGCUGAGGCCUGGCGUAAGGGGGAGCGCGUUAAGGCGGAAGGCAUCCGGAAUUGCCCCGGGGAAGCAAAACCAAAAAGACAGGGAUCGAGACAGCGAGGAAAAGCAGGAAGAAGGGGGAACGGGAUCAGGAAACACAAAAUUGAGCAAGUUGAUACCACGGUUCAUUCGGCUUUCGGCGUUGGCUGCUGCCGAGCUUGGGAGGGAGGUUAGGGGGGAAGAGGAGGAUGUUGGUGUUAGAGAAGAGGACAAACAUUCUGUUGGAUUAUCACAGGGUGUGGAGGCUGCUUCGGGUGUGGAAGGGAGUACGAACCAGCGGAAGAAUGAUUCAUCAGGCUGGGAAAGUGGGAGCGCAUUCUCUCCCGUCCUCCGACCCACGUCCCCUUUAACUCAUGUUCGACCCACAUCUCCUCUAGCACCUCGCAGCACGGCGCAACCUCCAAGUCCCCAAAAGAUGUACGAGUCCGCUCUACGUCCCUCGUUGGAAUGGUACCUCCUUCUAGCUGGCCUUCUGACAAGAGCCGUAUUGGAAGGAUACUUAUCAGCUGGGUGGAGGGAUUGGCAAGCCGUGCAGUGUUUGUUGCUCGUUGGGCUUGGGGUCAAUGAGGGUGCGGGCGAAGACCAAGAUGGUGGAGAAAGUGAGGAAGAUGAAGAUGCUGAGUUUUCCGAGUUUGAUCCAGACGAGCUUCCUGGGCUUGUGGAUGCUAUUAAGAUUCUUUUUCCGAGUCUACGACAAGCUUCGACGCAGAAAGGAAAGGCAGAGGAAGAUUACGAGCUAGAGAUGCUCGACAGACUUCGAAGGUUCCACGACAUCCCUCCCUCAACUCCUGAUCUCUCAACGCACAUGGAAGACCUAGCAUGGCAGUACCCAGCGGAGCCCGUCGAGCGUGCCGCUGUACGGUUCUGCGAGGCUGUGGCGAAGUGGAGAGGCAAGCCUGAGCUCGAAACCUACAAGAAGAAACCUAAUUUUUCCGGGGAUGCUGGGAUGGGGAUGAGUAUUGAGUCUUUGGUCCAUUCGAACCCGACUAGUCCCGUCAUGGGGAAUGCAAAUGCAGGGGCAGGGUGGGAGGAGAGGAAGGUGGUGAAGAGGAAGCCGUCAAUUGACGUGUAUUUCACUGCGCCUCUGAUGAGGGACGUUGUAUGGAGCCGCGGCAACAGCAACAAAAGGGGCCGUGAGGCGGAGGAUGGUGGGGCUGGUAGCCCUCCCAAACGGAUUCAUUCUUGA